UAGCAAUUGGUCAUGAUUAUCUUCAGUAUGGUUUCUUACGAUAUUUUUUUCUAAUUUCAGAUUAUUUCGCGGCUUUGAAGGUGUCUGAUAUGUGUCUUUAUUAUGGGAUUGUCAUUCUACACCAUGCGAAUUUAAUUUCUCUUCACACCAAUCCCCGUAGUCGUUCUGUCUGAUGAAGACCAAAACACGUGAAGGUACCGGACUGUAACCAGCAACUCUACAAGUCAUCAUGCUACAAAAUGAGCGGCCACACGCGCACGCCACCCACCCCGGAUACGCUCCUGCGAACAUAGCCUCAACGGAUUACCCUUCCCAUACGGGCCGUGGCAAUGAGUUCACAUUUCACCGACAUAUUAUGACGGAUGUUUUGUUGGAUCCAGUUUGCAAACUGGAUGCGAUAUUCCGAGAACUGAUCAAUUACAAGCGCGAUGCCAUAUCGUCCGCGAAUGCUGCUCCCAAAAUUGCACAAUCCAUUUCCGACAAUAAGAAUGGUACGACGGAUCAGCUGAAAACAGUGAAGUACGCUCAUAUGUUGGCUCGUAACCAAGCGGCACGCUUGGGUCUGGUUACAAGUACGAAGCUCAUCCGUCAGUUGGUGGUUCUUCUACAGUCCACAAAUUCACCAGAUCUGUUGAACGAGACAGCUUUGACAUUACAGUUGCUGGCCGAGACCAAGGUCGGAUCGCGACUGCUGUGGACAGAGUUUGGAAUCCCCAUCUUGGUUAAAAUGCUCAGGCACCCGUCUGAAGUAAUCUUCACUACAGCGAUGUACUUGCUCAACCAGAUUAUGUGGCAUUUCCCGGAUGAGGGCCGCCCGGAGGUUCGUGCUUGCUCGGGUCAUGUCAGCCUGUCCGACUUGUUGUCCAAAGGUCGUCUGGAUGAUCCAAACUGGAUUGUCAUUUGCGUGGAUACCAUCCGAAUGACAGUCUACCGAGACAGUGAGACCAAGGCUCUAACACCGCUGCUUCAGUCGAAAAAUGAAUUUCUCGUCUUGGAAACCCUGUGGAGCUUGCGGAACCUUAGUGACCAUGCCUAUCACCUGGUAAACACGGAGACCCUCAUCAUGAGACUGAUCGACUUGUUGGGCAGUACAGAUGAGAACAUAUCGAUCUGUGCCACGGGUUGCUUGUGUAACCUUACCUGUCAGAAUGUACAUAACAAAAGCCUGGUGGUUGAAAACGUUGAGCCGGCCAAUUUUUUCUGCUCGCCGACUACUUUGCAUUCUCGCUAUUCUAUUCGUGUAGGCGGGGUCACGCGCCUCUGUCAGCUGCUUAAUCUGAAUCCGGAGCGGCAAGAAAUCACAGAGCCCAUCUGUUCGGCUCUACGUCACGUGACGCACCGUAGUCAGCAUGCGAACGCCGCAAUCUACGAGAAUACGCUGGAGACGAUUGCCUCGCUCUUGUUGCAAAACAGUGAAAUUGCAUCGUUGCCUCUUAUCAAGGCGGUAGUGGGUCUGAUAAGAAAUAUAGCUAUGGAAGAUGAAUCUCGCAAAGAAAUGAAGCAGACAUACCAAACCGCGAAUCGGAACAGUCUGGCGUCCACAGAGGAUGCGGAAAACCUCGACCCCAGCAUGGGAUCCAUUGAAGGAGUUCGACUGGAUGAGAUGAUCGAAUUAUGUCUGGUUGCAUUGCAGGCUAUGGCCAAAGAACCGGAAGUUCGUGAUGAGUGCAUACGCACUGCCGGUCUGCUGCCCACGACGGUUCAACUUUUGUACACACCGAUUCCGUCGAUACAACGAGCCUCAGUCGCCCUGCUCAGCCUACUCGCCUCAAGCAAGGCUGGCGCGAAGGCAAUCGAACAGGAGGGAGCUUGUCCGAAACUCACGGAAAUGAUACAGUCGAGCAAUGAGUACAUCGCCGCUUACUCUGCCGCUGUGCUUCAUCGGAUUACCAAGGACAAACCGGAAGAAUACAGACGCAGACUCUCCCUGGAGUUGCGCCAGUCUUUGUUCGACGGUGGACUUUUGCUUGAUCCCAACUCAAUGGUCAAAUCGAAUCAGAGUCAACUGAACCUACCGGUUGGCGAGGAGGCGACGUCUGCCAGUAGGCAACGCAGUACACAAAUGGACCGGAACUCGUCAGUCAGUGCACGUUCACGGAGAUGACUUUCGAUUUACUACCUACAUAUCAUCUUUACCAUCAUGUGAUUUCAGUUCCAUUAAAAUCGCCUGUUUUCUUUCGCUCAUAGGCUUUAUUCAUGAACACUGAGUAGAUGGACUAGCG